AUGACAUCGAAAAAUGCAUCUACAAUAACUGCUUCUUCAUCUUCAAUCAAGUUGAAUCCAGGAUGUCAUAAAUUAAAAAGGAAGACGACACAUUUAUCCCCUAUCCCUUUGAUUGAUUUGACAGAUAAUGUAGAAAAUAUACAUCAAGUCAUAAAUGAAAACGUUAUAGUUGGUAUCUCAAAUGAAUAUUUGGAUCAUGGUGAUCAAAAUGUUGUAUGUCAAACAUGUCAUGCAAAGUUAUGGAGAAAUGAAUCCAUUAGAGGUAAAGAAAAAGGGAACACAAAUUAUUCUUUAUGUUGUGGUUACGGCAAAGUUCAAAUUCCAGAUUUAAAGAAAGCACCCCCAAGUUACGAAAGAAUGUUUCGAAAUGGGGAUUCUAAAAGCAAACACUUCAUGAAAAACAUUAGACGUUACAAUUCAAUGUUUUCUUUUACGUCGAUGGGUGGUAAAAUUGAUACUUCAAUCAAUAGAGGAAACGCUCCAUACAUUUUCAGACUGGGUGGUCAAAAUUAUCAUAGUAUUGGAAGCCUUUUACCAGCAAAAGGAUCGGAACCAAAAUUCUCUCAGUUAUACAUUUAUGAUACUGAGAACGAAAUUUCAAAUAGACAAAGAUGCAUUGGUGGGGUAAAAGAUCAAUCAAAGUCAAUUGAUAGUGAUAUUAUUGAAGAUAUAAAGGUGAUGUUGGAUUCAAAUAAUGUGUUGGUUAGAUCUUAUAGGAUGGCAAGAGAUACUUUUCAGAAAAACCCUCAAGUUGAUAUGAAACUACGACUUAUCGGGAGAAGGCAGCGAGAUGGAAGAACAUAUAACCUACCGACUGCUUCAGAGGUUGCCGCUUUAAUUGUCGGGGACAUUUGUGAUUCAAUUGAAAAGAGGGAUAUUGUUGUUGAAACAAAAACUGGAUUUCUACAACGUAUCAGUGAAUUGCAUCCUUCAUACCUUCCUCUUCAAUAUCCACUGCUAUUUCCAUAUGGAGAUGAUGGUUACAGUGUUGACAUUCUUCAUAGAGGUGUUUCAUUUACAACCAACAGCAAGCGGGCGAAAUGUACAAUGAGAGAAUAUUUCGCUUUUAGAAUUCAAGAUAGAGAUCAUUCGUUCUCCCUCAUUCUUAAUUCAAAAGCUUGUUUCAGCAGUUUCUGGUAG